AAUCCUGAGGAUCUCCUUAGUGGUUGUGGAUGUAUAAGUUUUGGCUUACAGUGGUCGACCAGAAGCAGUUCAUGGGCUCUUUGUUCCUUAAUCGCCGACUAUGCUGCUGUUUUUUAUGGGUGUUUGCCGCCUGUGCUGGGCUUGUCUGGAAAGAUUGGUCUUUGCCAAAUGUGAAUCUAACUUUCUGGCAAGCUUCGGGAAAUACUGGAGGCCGGGUCAAUGAAGAGCCCGCCGGGAGAAAAUUGUGGCCAUGGUCGUGUUGUGUUCUACUUGAUAUUAAUCAUCGCGAAGGUAUUUAUCGUCUUCGCACAAGCGCCUACGAGGAGAACGUCGCAGCUCGUACUAUUGAAGCUACGAACGACGUGGGGAAUCUUAUAGGGGCAAAUUGUUCGAGAAUAACGGUGCCUUCACGAGGGAUUAAAAGCAUGUAG